ACAGGUAGCAUUUUUCAGUACAGUUAGUUCUAUUCUUGCUACGCGGACCUCGACUUCUGCAAUAGAGAGUUCUGGGGUUGAACGGAAUUAAUCUGGCAUGGUGUCAACCGCGUCAUGGAGACUAUGGCGUCUCCACAUUUUUCUGGGGACUCUUUGUUUACUCCAGGCCGUCUGUAUGGGCCGGGAACUUAGACGCUUUGAACUUCUUCCUGGAGAAACCUUAGAAGACAAAGAUCUAGAAGCAGAGGCUUCUGAAUUCAUAGUAGUCAGAAAGGAUGACAGCGAUGUUGCGGACUUAGAGACUGCUGCCUCGCACCACGGACACCACCACGAGAAGGGAGGUGGCCACAAGCACCACUCUGAUCACCACGCCAGCCAUGGCCACAAGGGUGACAAAGGAUACAAGAGUCACCAUCACCACGAGAAGGGAGACCACGGCAAGCACGGGAAGGAACAUCACAGUGGCUUCUACAGUGACCACGGAGGCCACAAGAAGAAACACCACGACGAGGCUGGACACUAUGGUGAACACCAUAAGGGAGAAAAGGGUCAUAAGGGCGGAAAGUUCGGUGAGAAGGGUGGCCACAAGAAGGGGCACAAGACCCACGGCUACCAUCACAAAUCUCACAAAGAUGAAUAUCACAAGGAACACAAGUUUUACGACGACUACCACAAGGGUGGCCAUCACGGUAAACACGGAGACUUCCAUGCUCACCACGAAAAGAAGGAAGGUGGCCACAAGAAGGGAGGUCAUCACAAGUCCGGCUACCAUGACGAUCACUACGGGAAGAAGGGCCAUCACGACAAGGGCCAUUACGAGGAUGAGCAUAAGGGCUUCAAAGGACAUCACGGCCACGAGGAACAUCACGGGCAUCACGAAGACUACGGCAAGAAGGGUGGUCACUCUGAUGGCAAGCACUGGGGCUACAGCAGUGGCCACGGUGGUGGCGGCGGCGGAGGUGGCCAUGGCCAUGGUCAUGGUCAUCAUUAAAGCCACACGCCAACGACAUUCACAGGCACUAAAUGUUCCUGCGUCUCAGUUUCUGGUUUCAGUUGCAGAAGACAUAUCACUUAGAGGCGUAAUUCAAUAUGCAACGAUUUUAGCUACACUACAUUUAAUUUUUUUUGACAGAGUAAUUUUCGACACUGUUUAUGUUUAGUUAAUCGACUGCUGUUUGUAUUAAGACACAAGCCAUUAACAAUACAUCGCAAAAGAACAGUAAAUAGUUUCAUGGGUUUGCAAAAUUUAGUGUCAGAAUCACGAAAAUGAUGCGGGAAAUAUUAACACCAGGAUUGUCCUCUAAAAAUAUGACUUAAACCGAGCUCUGUUUUGUUGUUUAUGUUGAUUGUUAUCUGUUAAAAUAUUUAUUUUUGUUGCUAGAUGUAACAACCAAAGAAAAUACAGAAGAUUACUGAAAAGAAAA